CAGUCAACAUGGCAGUCUUCAAGCCUGAAAAUGUGGAGGACUUCUAUGAGAUUGGGGACGUUCUGGGAAGAAGGAGCUUGAUGAGUACAGACAACUUUGGAACAACCACACCAUCCGACCUGUUCAUCAAUCUUGUUGUCCAUCGGGUAAACCAGAAGCCAUGUACCACCUGCCUGACAGGUUUGACGGAAGGGAAUGCGGAUUCCCAGUGUCCCAUGAAGCCCUACACCAGUUCGAUGACUUACUGCCAGCUCCGCGCAGUCUGUGUGGUGAUGUUGAUCUCCAAAGUCAUUUUGCAGACUUUGCAGACCGGCCCCAUUGAAUAAGAUGGAAAUCCAAUCUGCAAAACGUGCCAAAGAAAAGUGACUGCCAAAGGUUCCAACACAGAUGUUGCCCCUCUCCGAGAUCAUCAUCCAUGCCUGUAUGCCCAAAUCAAGUGGGCACUUUGGUCAGGUUCGACAAGUUUGUGAGCAGGCCACUGGGACUUGUUGGGCAGGCAAGUUCCUGAAGAUAAGAAAGAUGGCCGGCAGCCGUCUGGGCGUGGACAGAAGCAGUGUGGAGCAUGAGGUGGAGAUCCUCCAGGCUCUUCACCAUCCAAACAUUGUGAUCCUCAAAGAUGUUUUUGAGAGCCGGGCAGAAGUGGUGCUCAUUCUGGAGCUGGUUAGUGGAGGGGAGUUGUUUGACUUCAUUGCUGAGAAGGAGAACCUGUUGGAGAGUGAGGCAAUUGAGUUCAUGAAGCAGAUCUUGGAGGGAUUGGGAUUCAUGCACAGCAAGAAAAUUGCCCACUUUGACCUCAAGCCAGAAAACAUCAUGCUGUCAAACAAAGUAUCACCAGACCCUAACAUCAAACUAAUAGACUUUGGCUUGGCUCACCGUUUUCAACAAAGCAAGGAGUACAGGAGCACAAGUGGCACCCCACAGUACAUUGCCCCUGAGGUGAUAAACAAUGAACCUCUCGGUAUGGCAGCAGAUAUGUGGAGCAUCGGAGUUAUUACCUACAUACUAUUAAGCGGUUUGUCACCAUUCCAAAGUGAGACUGAUGAAGAUACUCUGAAGAAUAUCAUUGCCAUGAAGUAUGAGUUCUUUUCACAAUAUUUCAGCACAACCAGCUCCAUAGCCAAAGACUUUAUCCAGAAACUCUUGAUAAAAAAUCCAAAUGAUAGAAUGACAGCUGAGGAGUGUCUGCUUCAUCCAUGGAUCAAGCCCAUCACACGUAAACAGGUGGCCAAUAGGAAUCGAUCUUCAAUCAAUAUGAAAAACUUCAAAAAGUUCAAUGCUAAAAGGAAAUGGAAGAUGUCCUAUAACAUGGUGCUAAUGUGUAACCGGCUCAUCCAGCUUAAGCUGCUGUGUAAGGGCAGCUCGGAUCCAGAUCCACUACAGAGACAAUGUGAAAGUGACACGGAAGACACAGAGAGCAAGCCUGCCUCUUUGCUGCGUCGAAGACUAAGCAGCAGUUCAUAGAGCUGAGCAAAGAGAGACAGCAGAACAGCAGAGAGGUUAAGGACUGAAGAAAAAGUUUUUCUCUUUCUCUGUUCUAGUGAAAUGGACAAUUGCAUGUUUCCAAGCAUUAAACACUUUUCUAGAAGUGAGCACUUUUCUGGCAAGUAUUUCUUUGUGAAAGACCUUCAGGAAAAUAGACUGGUGUAAACACUGUUGUGGUUUUAAUGAUGCUUGUUUAAGGGUGUUUGUGGAAACUCUUUGAUUAAACAUUCUGCACGAAACAGCUGUGGCUAUAUAUAUAUAUAUAUAUAUUCAGGGUUCGUACGGUAAUGGAAAACCUGGAAAAGUUAUGGAAUUUUAAAAUGUGUUUUUCCAGGCCUGGAAAAGUCAUGGAAAAAAAUAAUCUCCCAAAAAUUUUGGAAAAGUCAUGGAAAUUUGUUAUAUUCAUAUUUUAAUGUCGUUAAUUUUAGGGAUGGGCAUAAUUAAUAGACGAUCGAUUUAUUGAUCAUUAAUAAUUUCGUAAAUUACAUUUUUUUCAUUGAUGAAAACUAUUGCAUGUUCGCUAUGUGGCAGGAGGUUGGAAUAUCCGAGUUGCCCUUAACGCAGCACAGUGAAGAUGUUAGCAGCUGAAGGAAGCAGCCCGGAGCUAGCGUUCGCUGCUCAGCUUCAUGUCCACACUAUGGUCCGCAUACUGACCCUCAGUCCACGGGGAUGGGAACCCGGACAGACCCGGGUCUGGGUGAAGGGUUCCUGGAGUGAGGGCGUUACAACCAUAGAUUUAGUGACAACGACCGGACUGAGAGGUCGAGAACCGUCAGAUCGAGCUAGCUCUCAGCGGCUAGCUGCUGCUCUCUCAUCGGGGCUUAAGAGUACAGCAGCGCAUAUUUACAAGUGUAACCAUUGAACGGAUCCCGUUUAACUGCCACAAGAGUUGUUUAUCUUGUAGUAAAGACCUCAAUGAGGAAACACGCUGUGUUUUUUCUAUUUUCACUGCAUUUUUAUAAAGCCUAUAAAUAGUGAAUUUUAAUAUAAAAAUAUUAAUGAUUAAUCGAAAAAUCGAUCGUUAAUUCUCCCGGCGAUCGAUUAAGACAAUUUAAUCGAAUGCCCAUCCCUAGUUCAUUUACGCUGAGUUUUAAAUAAUUCAUAUGCUUUUAAAGAAAUACGCUCAACAUAUAGGCAGGCAUACUUGGGUUUGUGUCAUUUAAGGUAUAUUGUAUGCCUUGGAAUUCUUAUUGUAAGUUUGAAUACUACAUUUUGUCACUUUUUCACGUAUACACCGAAAUUUGGUUUAAAGUUAUUGAAAAGUCAUGGAAUAGUCAUGGAAAUCCAUUGGUCAAAAUGUGUAUGAACCCUGUAUAUUGUAAUAUUUACCAUAUUUUCGAUUUUUGUUUUUAUUAAAUCCAAUACAUGUAUCCCAUAUAGAUAUAGAUAGAUAUAUUAUAUUAUAUUGUAGAUUUUUAUUAGUAGUAGUUGUUAUAUUUAUAUAUACACAUUCCACCCCUUCACCAAAUCUGCAUAAAAGCACAUGCCUGGGAAUGUUUCUUUGUCAUUCCCUCUGCAGGUUGCUCUUUGCAUGCUGUAUGAUUGUCUGACCUUCCUUGCAAGGAAUAAAUUAGACUUAAAAGAC